GCCUCGUCCCGGGGCGCUGGGCUGAGGAGCGGCCGGUUCCCGUCUGCCCACCGCCGGCCGCCAUGCUGCGGCUGCUGCUCCCCUUGGCCGGGCUGGCGGCCAUCCUCCGCGCCGCGAGCAUACCCCCAAGGAGUUUUGGGAUUGAUUAUGACUGCAACUGCUUUGUCAAGGAUGGGAGACCUUUCCGUUACAUCUCGGGUAGCAUUCACUACUCCCGGGUGCCCCAGUACUAUUGGAAAGACCGUCUGUUGAAGAUGAAGAUGGCAGGACUUGAUGCCAUUCAAACGUAUGUGCCAUGGAACUACCACGAACCCCAGCUGGGCGUGUAUGAUUUUUCUGGUGACAGAGAUCUAGAGUAUUUCCUGCAGCUUGCUAACGACACUGGUUUGCUGGUUAUCCUGAGAGCUGGACCUUACAUCUGUGCAGAAUGGGACAUGGGAGGUCUUCCUGCGUGGCUGUUGGAAAAGAAAUCUAUUGUUCUCAGGUCUUCUGAUUCAGAUUACCUGGCAGCAGUAGAGAAAUGGAUGGGUGUCCUUUUGCCAAAGAUGAGGCCUCACCUCUAUCAAAAUGGAGGUCCAGUCAUCAUGGUGCAGGUAGAGAAUGAGUAUGGAAGCUACUUUGCUUGUGACUAUGACUACCUGCGUGCCCUUCUGAAGCUCUUUCGCCAGCAUCUUGGUGAUGAGGUGGUGCUGUUCACAACUGAUGGUGCAAGCCACUUCCACUUGAGAUGUGGAGCUCUUCAGGGUCUUUAUGCAACAGUGGACUUUGCCCCAGGUGGCAAUGUCACAGCAGCAUUCUUGGCUCAAAGGAGCAGUGAACCUACAGGCCCUUUGGUUAAUUCUGAGUUUUAUACUGGAUGGUUGGAUCACUGGGGGCACCGGCAUUCUGUUGUGCCCGCACAAACUAUAGCUAAAACACUUAAUGAAAUCCUGGCACGUGGUGCUAACGUUAACCUGUACAUGUUUAUAGGUGGGACCAACUUUGCCUAUUGGAAUGGUGCUAAUAUGCCCUAUAUGCCACAGCCCACUAGCUAUGACUAUGAUGCUCCACUGAGUGAAGCAGGGGAUCUGACAGAGAAGUAUUUUGCCUUGAGGGAAGUCAUUGGCAUGUAUAACCAGCUACCAGAAGGUCUUAUCCCUCCAACAACACCCAAAUUUGCGUAUGGGAAGGUUCGCUUGCAGAAGGUGGGUGCUGUGGUGGAAGUUCUUGACAGGCUGUCACAUGCUGGACCAGUGAGAAGCACUUACCCACUAACCUUUGUUGAGCUAAAGCAGUAUUUUGGGUUUGUACUGUACAGAACUGCGCUUCCCAAAAACUGUACGGAGCCAACGCAACUGUCUUCACCUUCAAAUGGAGUCCAUGACCGUGCCUAUGUCUCCGUCGAUGGGGUUCCUCAGGGUGUUCUUGAAAGGGACAAAUCACUUUCAAUAAACAUAACUGGAAAGGCUGGAGCAAAUCUGGACAUCUUGGUGGAGAAUAUGGGCCGAGUCAACUUUGGUAGAUACAACAAUGACUUUAAGGGUCUCGUUUCAAAUUUAACUCUUGAUGAAGAUAUACUUGCUGAAUGGGAAAUCUAUCCUCUGGACAUAGACAGAGCAGUGAACCGUGAUAUUAACAGGCACCUUGAUCAACCAAAGAGAUCUGUUGACGAUCCACUGAGUUACGAAGCACCUACUUUUUACACUGGAACACUUUCAAUUCCUGGAGGAAUUCCAGACUUGCCUCAAGACACCUAUGUCAAGUUUCCUGGCUGGACAAAGGGGCAAAUCUGGAUCAAUGGCUUUAAUCUCGGUCGCUACUGGCCAGCCCGUGGUCCUCAGCUGACCCUUUUUGUCCCAAGGAAUAUACUUGUUUCGUCAACACCAAACAACAUAACAGUGUUGGAGCUGGAGCAUUCACCUUGCAGCACCCAGGCGUGUGAGAUAGAAUUUGUAGACAAACCUAGUAUCAACGGAACCACACAGUAUCCAAGUUAUGCUCCCCAGCUCUUUGUUAGAGACUUGUGGCUGAACCAUCUCUAAUGAUUUGAGUGUUUCCUUAUCUUCCCUUUCCUUCCCUUCCCCUCAACCCGUACUUCCCUUUUUUAAAGCCUCAGUUUUAACCAGUAGGUUUCCUUUUCUAAACCUGCCAGAGUUAAAUACUGAAAUCAUCUCAGAAAAUAAAAGCUGUAGCUUCAGAAUGUGCCUUGGACUGUGAAAUUGAACUUCACUGGAAGAUGCACAGCAGACAGGUGAAAAUGUAGUCCUUGUAGGCUGCUUACAGCCUCUUACACUUCUCUUUCUUUACCAUGUUUUGCAACUGGAGAGGAGCACGCAAAGGGGGUAUGCAGCCUCACUAGCUUGCUGGUUUUACUCAUGGGGACUGGUAGGUCUGAGCUGCCAAUAGACUAGACACUUCCAGCUGAUUUUAUCCCCUGGUUAGUAUCAAUAUCAUUUGAGUCUGAGUGGGCUUACUGCCUGUGUUGAGGGGAACCUCACCUCUAUGCAAGUGACCUUGGAAACAUUUCAGUUGGUUUCUUACAGGGGCAGUGAGAAGUGUGAAAGAGAACAAGCUGGUCCAAAUAGCAGUAGCAUGGAGAAGGACCUGGUAGUCUAGAUCUGGAAAGCCAAUUGUCACCUCUUGGACAGCAAGUUCACUGCUUCUUUUCUGCUUCCUCUGAAGACUUAAGUAAAUUGAUAAGUACAAGGAUGCAUAUAACAUAUAAAAUUUAGGCUGUUUUGGCUGGAUCAAAACAGCCUGGUUAACCUGCCUGCAGUGUAUAGUCUUAAAAUGAGACAUUUUUCCUUUAAUGGAUUAAUGGAUCCCGGUUGGGGUUUAUUUCCCUUCUUUUUGGGGUCUGGAGUAUGUUUUUCAUAGGCCAGCACCUUGGGAGCAGAAGGCAGAAUCUUCUUUUUGAUUCUUACGGUUUUGCUGUCAAUCAUGCAGACUCUUUGGUGAGAUUUAAACAACAAACAAGAUGGAAUUGAGUAUUUUCAUAAUCUCUGGUUUCUUCCUUUGAUUUGUCUGACAUGAUUAAAAUGGUUCUUUAAAGAUAAAAUCAGUCCUGUGUGUUUGAGAAGGAAAAGGGAGAGGGGGGAGAGAUAGUAGCGAUUACAGUAUUAAGGGAGAAAUGAGGUUGUAAAGUCUCUAAUGGACAAGGAGUUCUUGCUGAUGUCUCAUUUUCCUGUGUGAUGAAGAUGUGUGCAAAGUAAAGCACAAGUAUCUGUAAUGGGCUGUGUGGACUCUGGAGGUGCCACCUUUUGCUGAGAUGGCCAAUGCAAAAACCUGACUGUUUCUUCUCAGCUGAUGAGGACUGAUACUUCCAGAGGAGAAGAGAGUGAAAAGCAGCACCACUUGUAUGGGUAUCUACAUCUCAGUUAUGUGAUUGACAUGUUUGGGCUUUCAAACCAGACACAUGCAGGUCACUUGAGCCAGAGAGCUUCUACUCUCAAGUUCCUACCCCAAAUGCAAAGUCUAAUGGCUGGGGGCUGUGUGGUCAUUACCAGAUGUGCUUCAUUCUUGGAAUAAAGUGGUCUGCUCUGACCCCA